AUGGAAGCAGACCCAGAUAUAAUCGCUCGGAUAUACGCCCAUAAGAAAUAUUCCGCGGCAAGCGUCAACGCCAUUGAGAGCAGCAAGCACUAUGUCACGCCGCCAACACAAGCCCCGCCGCCGACACCGAGACCAUGUGAUUCACGCGCCGCGUCUGUGGAACCUACGGGACCACUGGUCCAAGGUCCCAAUGAGCAUGGUUCCUUCGUUGAACUCAGAUUCAGCAAGCCACCGACGUUGUCAUUUGGUUUCACUUUUGGUCGCAGUAGUAACAGCGAUGUUCAGCUACCCAACGACGAGUCGCACAAAGGCCUAAGCAACUGCCACUUCUGCAUCACGUUUGAUGACAGCGGACGCCUCAUCGUCAGAGACCUUGGUUCUAUCGCUGGUACCAUGGUGACGUACGAUGAAGCUGCAAAAGAGCUCCGCCGGAACUUUCGUUGGAUCAUUAGCGGCAACGCAGUCCAAGAGUUUAAGAAAAUCGUUGUAACCCUGUUUGGUCCCAUCCAGUUUCGCAUCGUUCUCCCCCCCUACCACACCGACUGGCAAUCGCGCGAGUAUAUGUCCCGCAUCGACACUUGGCGCAGGGGCCAAGCAUUAACUUCAGCUUCAGUCAAAAGGCUCGAAGUGAAUAAUUCAGACACCAGGCGUCCUACAAAUGUUCCUUCACGCAAUUCGCCCGAAAACGGAUGCCUCUUUGUAGAGAAGAAAGUUGGUCAAGGGUCCUUUGGCACUGUCACCCGUUUCUGGAACGUCAGUACGGGGGAGCUGCAUGUCGUCAAGAAGCCGCGUGCCGGUCGCCCGAUAAACUGGGUUUAUUGGCGUAGGGAGAUCGAAAAUUUACAGCUCGCAUCAAGAGAGAAUCAUGCUCACAUUGUAAAAUUCCUCGGAGCAAAGACUGACCCAUAUCCUGAGAUAUCUCUCGAGUACGUUGCAGGCGGCACUCUGGGCCACUACAAGCAUAUCACCACAGUCCAGCGUUGGAUGAUUCUCCUACAAGCCCUUUCAGCACUCCAGUAUCUUCAUGAGCUUCAGCCGCCUAUCGCCCAUCGGGAUAUCAAGAGGGCAAAUAUCCUUGUUCAUGCAUAUGGCAAGAACAAUAUCCAUAUCAAGCUCACUGACUUUGGGCUCUCCAAGGGUGACGUUGAUCUGGCAACACCUUGUGGCACCAGUCAAUAUAAUGCCCCCGAGCUAUUUGCAAUCCGGUUCAACCGCUUGACUGGCAAUCAAUUUCCACAAAGUUACACCCCCAAGGCUGAUAUCUGGUCUCUUGGCGUCGUCGUGUUCGAAUAUGCCUGUGCUUUGCCAUCUUUCCAUGAACAGUACAGAUGGCAAGCCGACCAGUGGGGCAUGUUGAUAUUGAGCGGCUUUCGGAACCAUCUACAGCACCGUACCGAAUUGGAAGACUUUAUGCUUGAUCACAUGAUUGUUAUGGACCCGGACCAGCGAGCAGAAGCCGGCUUGUGUCUGAGGAUGGCAUCGCGCCUAGCACCCGCCGAAGCACUGAACACGAUUGUCCCAUCAGGGCAGCCGAUCAUUGACCCUCACCGCCAUGCCGCACCCGAAGUCGGUCAGGAGACAAUCUUGCCUGGCCGACACUCUUCGGUCGAGGCGGCGGCUCCGCUGACCGUACUGCACAACCCUCGUGCCAAUGAGAAUCACAACCCUCGUGCCAAUGAGAAUCACAACCCUCGUGCCAAUGAGAAUCACAACCCUCGUGCCAAUGAGAAUCACAACCCUCGUGCCAAUGAGAAUCACAACCUUCGUGCCAAUGAGAAUCACAACCUGCCCCCCCGCAAACGGCGUCGCAUCACACUUCUGCCGGCCGACUAUGCAACGAUCUAUGUCAACACGAAAGUGGUACAUCUCAAUAUAGAGCGCAGAUUAAUCCAUGGAACGCAACUUAUGGCUGCGUACAACAUUUCAUAUGGAAGACUCCGCGCCUUCCUCGAUCAUAAAGAUACCAACAUUCGCGACGAAACUAUCCGCAAAGGGGCCAAUCUAUCGGCACAAGGACUCUACGUCCCAUAUGAUGGCAUCCAGGCUAUCUGUGAAAGGUUUGGGAUCGACCCAGCCCCAAUACUUCAGGAAGUGCGAGCUGUUUCGCGGGUGCCGGCGGAUGUUGCGCCCAAUCACGAAGCGGCCGUGCCAUCCUUUGCACCUGCCGCGAAGUCAGCACAGGACGCGAGUGGAGAGGCUGUUGACCUGGCCGUAACGCCCAAACCGGGAACUGGACCGCCAGCCGCCCCUGCCUCUGUCUUAGGCGAGAGGAAUUCUCAACCAAAUGGGCAAGCGCGAGAUGAGGCGGCGGGAAGCUUCUUUGAAGCUGCCUUUCAGAUCGGAUCGGAUCGGGAGCCGGUUGGCCGAUCUCCUGGGGAGCUUCUUGGCAAUUUUGAACGCUCCCAAGGACCGAGCAGAACUAACAACAACUACAGGUAUGGUGUAAGCGAGGGUAUAAGCGAUGGUAGGAACACUAACUCGAAGUAUGCUUUUGAUUUUGCGUAA